UCUUGGGUGACAUCACAGACGGGAAACAGGAAGCAAACAAAAGGUUUACUCACUUCCUGUGUCUGAACGCCGCCGACACGCCGCAUGAUAUCAAACCCGGAUGACAGACGUGGCUCAGGUAUAGCAGGUGUGAUGUUUCCCGGCAGGUGGAGGUUCGGCAGUGACAGGCACGGAGAGGUGGACCUCUUCACGGACCGCUACGACCUCAGCGCGGAGACCCUCUCCCAGGCCAUCAGGGCUGCGGCGUCCGAGGAGCCGGACGCAGAUGGCAGCGUGCUGUUUGGCCACCUGCAGGGCACCGUGGUCGGCCUCAGAUACUACUCCGGGGUGGUGAAUCAAGGUGAAAUGGUCGGUUUAGUGAGACAGCCCCAGAACCAAUACGACCGCAAUGCAGUGAUGGUCGCCAACAUUUAUGGCAACCAAGUGGGCCACAUCAAGCGGGAGCUGGCAGCAGCCAUGGCCCAUGUCAUGGACAACAAUUUGGCCAAAGUUGAGGGGGUGGUACACUCUGGGACGAAGAACUCCUUCACCAUGCCGCUGAUGUUGUCCUUCUGGGGGAAGGAAGAAAACCAAAAUACAGUGAAGGAAAACAUGGCCCGCCGCGGAUUCAAACUGAACACGGGAGGAGGCAAAGCAACAGGUGCAAAUCAGAAUAGUCAAGGUGCUCGUGCUUUGUCUAAAAAAGGUGUGACCAUCCUACUAACUCCAGAUGAGCUGAAGAAUGCAUUCGACAACCUUUUUGACGGCUUGAUGGAGAGUGAAGACGGAGAGAAACAAGCAGCCGAGGCAGUGGGCACUCCUCUCCUGCCUCACCAGAAGCAGGCGCUGUCCUGGAUGUGUGCGCGGGAAAACAAAAGCGCUCUGCCCCCCUUCUGGGAGAGGAGGGGCGAGCUCUACUACAACCGACUCACGUGCUUCUCCGCCAAAGAAAUACCUGAGAGAGUUCGCGGGGGGAUACUGGCGGACGACAUGGGACUGGGAAAAACUCUGACGACCAUCGCUCUGAUUCUCACCAACUUCCACAAAGGAAAGCCUCUGCCUGUGGAGAAAUGCGAGGAGCCGCCAUCACCUGCCAAAGCCAAGACGAAACCAGAGAAGCCCUCCCGAGUGGAAGGGAGCAGCAGCGCAGGCGAUGGAGCCGGAGUGACUGAUGCAGCAGCAGCUGGUUCUAAGCACACAAACAUUUCCCAGGUGGAGGUGAUCUGUGUCGAUUCAGCAGAUGAAGUGGACAAGUCGGAUAAGAGUACCGGCAAAGGAAAGAAGAAAGCCGCCAAGCGAAAGCCCGUUAAAGAGGCCCCGAAAUGUUUUGAGGAUCUGGACUUUGCUGCAGCCCUGGGGGGCUCAGCAGCACCUACAAGCUUAAAGAAGAAGAAAACUGCCACUCCUACAACGAGUGUGGACUCCUCCAUCACAGAAAGUGCAGAUGACUUAUCAGCAAGAACAACUCUCAUCCUCUGCCCCCUCUCUGUGAUCAGCAACUGGCUGGACCAGUUUGAGCAGCAUGUGCGCGCUAACGUAAAGCUCAACGUGUAUCUGUACUACGGCGCAGAGCGCAACCGGAGCAAAGCCUUUCUGUCCUCUCAGGACGUGGUGAUCACGACCUACAACGUCCUCUCUGCCGACUUUGGGAAUAAGAGUCCCCUCCAUGGGAUCAAUUGGCUGCGGGUUGUGCUGGACGAAGGACACGUCGUAAGAAACCCUCAGGCACAGAUGAGUAAGGCUGUGCUUGACCUGAAAGGUCAGCGGCGCUGGAUUCUGUCAGGUACUCCCAUCCAGAACAGUGUGAAGGACCUAUGGAUGCUGCUGGCCUUCCUGCGUCUGAAGCCCUUCGAUGCCAGAGAGUGGUGGAACCGAGUGAUCCAGAGACCCGUCACUCAAGGAGACCGGGCCGGCCUGCAGAACCUGCAGACCCUGGUGAAGUGCAUCACCCUGAGGCGGACCAAGGGCAGCGAGGUGAACGGGCGCCCCCUGGUGGCUAUGCCCGAGAAGACGGUAUGCGUGGAGCAGGUGGAGCUGAGCCAGUCGGAAAGAGAGGAGUACGAGCUGGCUCGCAACGAGGGGAGGAAUACCAUCGGCAGAUACGUAACUGAAGGGACAGUCUUGAGGAACUAUGCUGAUGUGUUGGCCAUCCUGAUAAGGCUUCGGCAGCACUGCUGCCACCCUGAUCUGCUGUCAAAGACAUCCUUGGACCUGGGCGCCGCGGCAACACCGGCGGAGAUGCGAGAGCGUCUGAUCGAGAAGCUGCGCUUCGUGUUGGCCAGCGGCUCCGACGAGGAGUGCUCCGUCUGUCUGGAUUCGGUGCGCCUGCCCGUCAUCACACACUGCGCCCACGUUUACUGCCGGCCCUGCAUCGCCCAGGUGAUCGGCACCGAGCAGGAAACAGCACGCUGUCCCCUCUGUCGAAGUGAGAUAAAGACCAAUGAACUGGUGGAGUUUCCACAGGAGGAAAUGGAGGAAGAGAAAAAUACAAACCCCGAUAAGUGGAGGACGAGCUCAAAGGUGCAGGCGCUGAUGGGAAACUUGCUCCGGCUGCGAUGUGAAGACAGCAGCAUUAAGUGUUUGGUCGUCUCUCAGUUCACACGCUUCCUCACCAUCCUGGAGACUCCACUCAGAGAGCACGGGUUCAGUUUUGUGCGUUUUGACGGCACCCUGAGCCAAAAGAAGAGGACUCAGGUCAUCCAGGAGUUCCAGAGCCCUGCAGCCGACGGCCCCGUCAUCAUGCUGCUGUCACUCAAAGCUGGAGGGGUGGGGCUUAACUUGACUGCCGCCUCUCAUGUUUACUUCAUGGACCCCGCGUGGAACCCGGCCACAGAGGAGCAGUGCAUCGACCGCUGCCACCGCCUGGGACAGACGAGGAACGUUUUCGUUACCAAGUUCAUUGUGAAAGGUUCCGUGGAGGAGAACAUGGUGAAGAUCCAGAAGCAGAAGCAGGACCUGGUGGAGAAGGCCUUCGGUUGCAGAAACCCCGACAGGAAAACGUCUCGCAUGGACGAGAUCAAAGCUCUGAUGGAGCUGUAGACGUGCGGUUCCCACGUUCAUACGUCAGUUGCUCUUGUAAAAUCUGAAGGGCUGCGCAGAGAUUUCUUUUUUUUGUACAACAAGUUUAUGUUCAUAUUUUGACAUUUUUCAUUUUGUAGUUUAUCGUGAAUAUUCCAAUUUGUUUUAUUUCUACGACUUUGUAAACGGUUCAAGUUUUGAUACUGAUCCAUUCAUAGGACAAACCAUGUGUGAUGCGUAGGAGACGGUUAAAAACAUGGAGGAUUUAGUCUAAAAGGAAUCUUCCAGUGACGAUUCAGACAUGUUCUGUAUGUGGCAGCCUGCAGAUAUAAUAUGUUUGUAGAUGCUGUAUUUAAACAGACUGCAGCUUUCAUAACGUCAACGUCUGUUUAACCAAAAACAUGAAACUCAAAAAAGGGAAACAUGUUUACUACACAAUCUAAUAAUCAUUUAAGUGGUUAAGUACUUCUCAAAUGUGAAGAUGAGUCGGGACAAACCAAGAUAUUCGAAAUGACGUCACUUUGAGCCAUUUUCCACUAUUCUGUGACAUCUCAUUGCCCAAAACAGAUGAAAAUGAAGCCCUGUAAAUCGAAAAUAAACUUGUGAUGGAUAAAAGGGUAA